UUCAACUACUCUACUAUUCUGAUCCACUGUUGUAAUGAUGGAGUGUGUUAAAGAGGAGACUGAUCCUGAAUCAUCCACAAUAACACCUCAACAUUCUCAACAACAAAGAGACUUGGUGGGAGUGAAACAGGAAGGUCAAGAAUACAAUGAAGUAAAGGAUGAAGAUCAGGACCAACAUUAUUUUUCGGACAGCCUCUCAGAAACUAAUAAGAAUUCCCCUCAAAAAAGAGUUAAAGCCAAAAAUGUUUUUGAAUGCCAUCUUUGUGGUAAGACUUUCUCACAAAAAGGGUACCUAAAGUAUCACCUAAUGAUUCACACUGGUGAGAGGCCUCACGCAUGCUCCCACUGUGAGAAGACUUUCAUCCAUAAAUGUCAUCUUAGGGAUUACAUGAUGAGUCACACAGGUGAGAGGCCUUUUGCCUGUCCUCAGUGUGAUAAACGUUUCAUUAAUAAAGGGAGAUUUAAUAUUCACUUAAAGACUCACAGUACUGUAAGGCCGUACAUCUGCCAUCAGUGUGGAAAGAGUUUCGUAUGUAAAGGAUAUCUUGAACAGCAUAUGAUAACUCACAGUCUGACACAUAAAUCACAUAAGACUUUUUUAUGCGCUCAGUGUGGAAAGAGUUUUUCACAGAAGAGAUACUUUAAUGCUCAUGUGAGAAGCCACACUAUUGAUGGGUCGUACACCUGCACUCAUUGUGAAAAGAGUUUCUCAUGUAAAAAAAAUCUCCAGAUUCACAUAAAAGUUCACACUGGAGAGAAACCUUUCACCUGCCCUCAAUGUGAUAAGAGUUUUGCACAACAAAUACAGCUUAGGUAUCACAUACGAAUUCAUACAGGUGAAAAGCCAUUCUCGUGCCACCUGUGUGAUAAGAGUUUUAUACGGAAAGAAAUUCUUAAGUAUCACAUGCGACUUCAUACAGGUGAGAGACCUUUUUCAUGUCAUCUGUGCGAUAAGAGUUUUAGACGAAAAGACAAGCUUAAGUAUCACAUACGACUCCAUACAGGUGAGAGACCUUACUCAUGCCAUCUGUGUGAUAAGAGUUUUAUACAAAAUGAAAUUCUUAAGUCUCACAUGCGACUUCAUACAGGUGAGAGACCUUUUUCAUGUCAUCUGUGUGAUAAGAGUUUCCCCCAGCCAAAAGAUCUCAGAGUUCAUCUGCGCUAUCACUUGAACGACAGGCCGUUUAGCUGCGAUCAGUGCGAUAAGAAGUUUGUUUUUGCGUCUAUGCUUAGAGAGCACCUUCAGAUUCAUUCAGGUGAGAGGCCGUAUUUGUGUUCUGUUUGUGGGAAGAGUUUUCAAUCACACAGAAAAGUUCAAAUGCACCAGAAAAUACAUACAGGUGUGAGAAAUCAUGUGUGCUCUGUGUGUAAUAAAGCCUUUCUGAGAGCCUCAGACCUAAAGCGACACCAAAAGAUCCAUAAAGAAAAAUCCUGAAAGUGCUCACAUUGCUGAAGAGUUUUAUUGAGUUUAGGAGGCUAAUAAAACACAAGUGACUCACAGAGAAAAGUGCUGUCCACAAAUAGUGGAACUUUAUUCUUUAGGUCCUUUUCCACCGGGACUCACACAGUGUUGCACCUGAUCGGUGACCAGAAUUGUGCAGGGUUAUAUUGUCUUACUUUGCAUAUGUUAAUAUAAUAUUAUAAAGAGUUCAGAUGCAGAAUCUUCUAAGUGCGUCUGGUAUGAUUUCUUGUUACGUAGCGUUUUGUUAAUUAGUUGACAAUAUUUCUGAAUGGCCUGAGGGAUUUGCUGAUUUGAUGGCACAAAAGUAUGAGCAUCGAAAGUAUUAGUUUACAAUAGUUAUCUUAUUUUUACUGUAUGUGGCAAUAAGCAGCUUUUCAUCUGAACUUUUCAUAUAUUGUUGUUGACGUUCAUAGAGCACACACCUAACCCCCUCCUCUGAUUAUCAUCAAUACUGCUGUAAAGAGGGUGAAGCUGAACUCUGACCUCAGAUGAACUGAACUGCAACCCUCCAGUUUUUAUACAAAUUUUGCUAUCCCAUCUGCAUAUUGUUUGCACUACAAUGUAUACACACUGUAAAUAAACUGUACUUUUAUGU